GCUGCGAGGAGUCGCCGGCGGUCGGGCCGCGUGGGCUCUCACGAGGCAGUUCACGGCUUCCGGCCGCAUAGGCCCGCUCAAGAUGUCAUACAUGCUCCCUCAUCUGCACAAUGGCUGGCAGGUAGACCAGGCCAUCCUGUCGGAGGAGGACCGCGUGGUCGUCAUUCGUUUCGGACACGACUGGGACCCCACUUGCAUGAAGAUGGACGAGGUUCUGUACAGCAUCGCCGAAAAGAAAUGGAAGAUAGUGGGAGAUCUUUCUCAUCUAAUGUGAAG